CUUACUUCCAAAGUUCUUGCUAACCCAAACAUACCUAUUAUUACACGAUCUUCCUAUCCUUUUUCACUGCGAAGCUUCAUUGUUGUUGUGUUGGUUCUUUUUAUAUUUUAAUUUUUGUGCUUUUUUUUUUAUUCUGUUACCCUCAAAACAGACAAUUAAUAUCGAUAUCCCUGGGUUCCUGCGCCAGACAUUCCCAUACCAAACAGUCAAUCCCUUCAGGCUAGCCAAGUCUGCUUCCUUAGCAGACAAAGCCCUGAAGCACGAUGAGUUACGGAUACGGCGGGCAACAAAACCCCUUCGACCAGCGGGAAAAUGAAAUUGGUGGCAAUGGUGGUGGCUACGGCGGCCCCAAUAUGGGACGAGAUGAAUACGGUGCAAACAAUGUCGAGAUGGCCUUGCUCGCCGACCAGGGCCACUCUUUUGGAAGCCCGAAAAACGUCCUCAACGAGGUCUCAGAAAUUAAUCGCGGGAUCGAUAUGAUUGACCAAAACCUCGACCAACUCAGAAUGCUCCAGCAAAGAGCUCUCGAUGAUGCAGAUGCAUCUGCCACGAGCAAUACCAACCGUCAACUUGAUGCGCUUAGCUCCGAGACCAUGGCUCACUAUAGAGCCUUGACCGACCGAGUACGACAACUCAAGAGCAACCCCGAGAGCCAGCAGAAGUAUACCCAACAAGUUCGUCGCGUCGACACUAGAUUGAAGGAUGCUAUCCGAGCCUACCAGGGUGUCGAGUCGGCCUUCCGCAAGAAGACCCAAGAGCAAAUGGCGCGACAAUACCGUAUCGUGCGGCCUGACGCCGACGAGGAAGAAGUGCGAGCUGCUGUUGAGGAUCAGACUGGUGGUCAGGUUUUCCAGCAAGCAUUAAUGCAGAGCAAUCGCCGCGGACAGGCCCAGUCCGUUCUAAGCGCCGUGCAAGAUCGACAUGCCCAACUCAAAAAGAUUGAGCAGCAGAUGAUUGAACUCGCCCAGCUAUUCCAAGACAUGGACACCUUGAUCAUACAACAAGAGGUUCCCAUUGCCAACAUUGAGCAGAAGGCCGAAGAGGUCGUAGAGAAUCUCGACAAGGGUAAUAUGGAAGUUGGUACAGCUGUUAACACUGCCCGAGCUACGCGCAAGAAGAAGUGGAUCUGCCUGGGAAUCGUCGUUCUUAUCAUUGCGAUUAUUGUCAUCGUUGUUGCCGUAUACGUUUCGAUCAAUAACGCCGCCAAGCCUGCCGCCCCGGCGGCGAAGCGAAGCCUCCUGCAGCCAAAUGCUCGGUCUUGGUUCGAAAACGUCGCAGUCCCUCAAAUACUUGCUGCGAGAUCUCACCCGAGGGAUCUGACGCUGGGAUUUUCUAUUACGUCAUAAUUGAAUGCAUCUGAGUGAAAAUGCAAGGCAGACCCGAUUGGAAGAUUAUCUGCCACACAUUCGAACUAGGCACGCAAUUUCUUUGGUGUUCGGUGUUCACUUCAUAUCCUAUUACUCAUGUCGACUAUACAUAUUUAACUCCGAAUCCUAACUAGAAGUGUAAUUUGAAGCCAGAUCAGUAGAUACGUCGGUGUUGAUCUAGAACAUGAAUAGGUAUUAGAUCAAGAGAAGGCGGUUGGAAAGGGGUUGGAUAGGUACGUAACAUUAUAGAUGGGGGAGUGGAUUGAUUCUCCCAUCCACCAAAAUUAGUCUUUUUGUACUUUCAAGUCUUGUUCGUUGGCAGACUUGGAGAUGGGAGUUGAUUGCAUUUUUCCGGCGUCAAGACUUAUGCAUACUUUUUAUUGAUUGGAGGUUUUCAUUUUUCAUGUUGUGUUGAUGCGUACGGAACUAAUGUUUCUUGUGACAUAGCAAUGCACUUGAUCCCAGGUACGUAAUACUGAUUUACAGAAGCUUGUGUCAUGAAAUGUAGCUGAGCUAGACGUGUAAAGUGUGACUCGACACGCAUUAGAUUGUUAUUUGAUGAGUGGUGACAUGUUAGAUUUACACAGGUAUGUAUG